AUGUGGAAAAGGUUGUUAAGCUCAACCUCUUCAAGGGUUAUUACCAGUGUGGUUACAGUUUCUACAGCAUCAUUUGUUGCGUAUAGAUGUGGACAAGCAUCAAGCACCGACCAAUCAUUACUUCCACUGGGAUCAACAACCAAGUUAAGUUCCUUGAAACCACCACAAUAUUGUCCUGAACAAGAGAUCCCCGGUGUUAUGUCGAAAAUAAAGCAAUUGGGUAUUUCAGUGGUCAAUAGUAAGCCAGAAAUUGAUCAUCAUACUGGUAACGAUUUCACUACUCAUAAACCAUUACCAAAUGAAGUUCCACAGUUCAUUAUCUACCCAGAUUCCACUGAACAGGUUUCACAAGCAUUGAAAAUUCUUAAUGAAUAUAAAGUCCCUGUUGUUCCAUUUAGUGGAGGUACUUCAUUGGAAGGACAUUUCCAUUCAACUCGUCGAGGGGUGGUUAUAGAUACCUCGAAGCUAAAUAAAGUUUUGGCAGUGAACGAUAAUGAUCUUGAUGUUGUUGUUCAAGCAGGAGUUAAUUGGCAGGAUUUGAAUAAAGUUUUGGAACCAUAUGGAUUGAUGUUUGGCACUGAUUGUGGACCUAAUGGUUUGAUUUCUGGAAUGAUUGGGACAAAUGCUUCGGGUAUUAAUGCCUCGAGAUAUGGUGCUAUGUCUGCCAAUGUGAUAUCAGUAACUGCAGUCUUACCAGAUGGAACAAUUAUCAAAACAAGAAAUAGACCGAGGAAAUCUAGUGCCGGGUAUAAUUUGACUAAUUUGUUUGUUGGAAGCGAAGGCACUUUAGGAAUAGUUACUGAGGCAGUAUGCAAAGUAUAUCCUAUCCCCAAACUGGAAACGGUUGUUGUUGUGCAAUUCCCGCUGAUAUUAGAUUCUACUAAUGCUGUAGCUCAAGUUUUCCGGUCGGGAAUCCAACCCACUGCAAUUGAACUUUUGGAUAAAGAUAUGAUGCAUUGUUUGAAUUACAGCGGAUAUACUACAAGAAAUUGGUUGGAAUGUCCCACUAUUUUUUUCAAAAUUGGUGGUAUAAACGAAAACGUUGUAAAAGAGAAUGUCAAUAUUUUGCAACAAAUUACCCAAGCCAAUCAUGCCAAUGCAUUUGUGUUUGCUCAAAACAAGCAAGAACAAGAAGAAUUGUUUUCUGCACGUAAAAAUGCUUUUUAUGCAAUGAUUAAUUAUGGAAAGAAUGAAAUUGACGAAGACGUGAGAAUUUGGGUUACUGAUAUUGCGGUGCCAUUAUCAAAAUUAUCCAAAGUACUUAAUGAAAUCAAUUCUUUAAUUAAAGCAUCACCAUUUCAAUCAAUUAUUUUGGCACAUGCUGGUGAUGGAAAUUUUCACGCAGACAUUUUUUACAAACAUGAACAAAGGGCAGAAGUUGAGCAAUUGGUUAAUAAAAUGAUUGAGUUAGGAUUACAAAAUGAAGGGACAUGUACCGGUGAGCAUGGGGUUGGUAAUGCCAAGCGUAACUUUUUACAAUUAGAAUUAGGCUCGGAUACAAUAGAUCUCAUGAGAAAAAUCAAACUUGCAGUCGAUCCGAACAGAAUCCUCAAUCCCGACAAAAUAUUCAAAAUAGAUCCAACUGAUCCGGGUGAGUACUAA